AAAAGGUUUCCUUAUAUUUUUCGACAAAUUCUGAUUUAUAAAACCCAUUUUUGAAUCAUACAGUCAUUUUGUUACGAAUCUUAGACUCCAAGGUGAAGGCCGCUUCUGCAUGGGUUCAUGAAUGUCAAUUGGAGUUAAUAGUCUGCUUUUAUAGAUAACUAAGUUUGUGAAGAGUGCUAGUGAGUGGUUAACAAGAUGCUGCGCCUGCAGACCCGGGCUGCACAACUGCGUCAUGUUGCCAGCUUGCAACUGUCUGAUGGUCCGGCAGGGCUUAAACCUAGACCAGGGUUCAAGUUGCCUGCAGGUGUAUGUGCCAAUUCUAACUAUGCCUCAGGACGGGUCUCGCCUAACAAGGAAGUUGGACAGAUUAAAAAGCUGAUGGUUGCCAACAGAGGUGAGAUAGCUAUACGAGUGUUUCGAGCUUGUACAGAAAUGAAUAUCCGGACCGUGGCUAUCUACUCCGAGCAGGACAAAAUGCAUAUGCACAGACAAAAGGCUGAUGAGUCGUACUUGAUAGGGGUGGGACUUCCUCCAGUAGCCGCAUACCUCAAUAUACCAGAGAUUAUUCAUGUUGCCAAGGAGCAUGGUGUAGAUGCCAUCCAUCCUGGCUACGGCUUUCUGUCAGAGAGGUCUGACUUUGCACAGUCAGUGCUGGAUGCAGGGAUUAGAUUUAUUGGCCCAUCACCUGAGGUUGUACGACGUAUGGGCGAUAAAGUUGAGGCUAGGGAGGCUGCCAUUGAAGCUGGUGUACAAGUUGUACCAGGGACACCAGGGCCUGUUGAGAGUGCGGAACAUGCAUUAGAAUUCUGUGAGACGUACGGACUGCCGGUGAUCUUUAAGGCUGCAUAUGGUGGUGGAGGUCGUGGUAUGAGGGUUGUAAAAAAUAUGGAGGAUAUCAAAGAAAACUUUCACCGUGCCACAUCAGAGGCCCAGUCAGCUUUUGGUAAUGGUUCAUUGUUCUUGGAGAAGUUCAUUGAGAGGCCCAGACAUAUUGAAGUACAAAUCUUAGGUGACUAUGCCGGUAACGUGGUUCACCUGUAUGAGAGAGAUUGUUCUGUACAGAGACGUCACCAGAAGGUUGUCGAGAUUGCCCCCGCUCCUCAGCUGUCCAGAGAUAUACAAGAGAAGAUGACCUCUGAUGCUAUACGACUUGCUAAACUUGUUGGGUACGAGAACGCAGGAACUGUGGAGUUUCUGCUCGAUAACAAGGGAAACUAUUACUUCAUUGAAGUGAAUGCCAGAUUGCAAGUAGAACACACUGUCACUGAAAACGUUACUGGGGUUGAUUUAGUACAGUCCCAGAUUAAAGUAUCAGAGGGGAAAACACUACCUGAGAUAGGUCUGACACAGGACAAGAUCCACCUCACCGGCUGUGCUAUACAGUGUAGAAUGACCACUGAGGAUCCAGCCAGAGGUUUCCAACCAGACACGGGCAGAAUCGAGGUGUUCAGAAGUGGUGAGGGAUUUGGGAUCCGUCUAGACAGUGCUCUAGGAUUUGCUGGAGCUAUUAUCUCCCCUUUCUAUGACUCUCUACUGGUGAAGGUGAUUGCUCAUGCUGUAGACCAUCCAUCUGCUUGUGCUAAGAUGUUGAGAACUUUAAAAGAGUUCAGGAUCAGAGGGGUCAAGACCAACAUACCAUUCUUGCUAAAUGUUCUGGAGAACCCCCAGUUUCUGUCUGGUGUUGUGGACACUUACUUCAUUGACGAGAAUCCUCAGUUGUUCCAGUUCUAUCCCUCCCAGAAUCGAGCCCAGAAGUUACUCCAUUAUCUAGCCCAGGUGAUGGUUAAUGGCCCGUCCACACCAUUAGCUACAAAUCUAAAGCCAUCGGACACCAUUCCGUCGGUACCAGUGAUACCAUUUGAAACAGAAAAUGGAGAAGCAGAAUGGGGAUACGGACUAUCAGAUUCGUCCCAGUCAGAAUCAUCUUCUGACUCGGAUUCAGUUCCGGACCCACCUCCUGGCCUUAGAAAUGUUCUCAAGAGUGAAGGUCCAGAAGCAUUUGCCAAAAAGGUGAGAGAGAACCGUGGACUGCUUCUCAUGGAUACAACAUUCCGAGAUGCUCACCAGUCGCUUCUGGCAACCAGAGUGAGAACGCAUGAUCUCAAAAGAAUCUCACCAUAUGUCAGUCAUAGAUUCAACAACCUUUACAGUUUAGAAAACUGGGGAGGUGCAACAUUUGACGUGGCAUUAAGAUUUCUACACGAGUGUCCCUGGGACAGACUGAGGACGCUACGAGAGCUUAUCCCUAACAUCCCCUUCCAGAUGUUACUGAGAGGGGCAAAUGCUGUUGGAUAUACUAACUAUCCAGAUAAUGUUGUAUACAAAUUCUGUGAGGAAGCAGUAAGAAGUGGUAUGGACAUUUUCAGGAUAUUUGAUUCACUCAAUUACCUACCAAAUAUUGUGGUUGGUAUGGAGGCUGUCGGAAAUGCUGGUGGUGUUAUUGAAGCUGCCAUUUCCUACACAGGCGACGUGUCUGACCCAACAAAGACCAAAUACAAUCUAGAUUAUUAUGUAAAUCUUGCCUCAGAGCUAGUCAAAGCAGGAACACAUGUACUUGCUAUCAAGGAUAUGGCUGGCAUUCUAAAACCUAAAGCAGCAACGUUACUCGUAGGAACCUUACGUGAAAAGUUUCCUGAUAUGCCUAUCCAUGUUCACACACACGACACAGCUGGUGCGGGAGUUGCUUCUAUGCUAGCGGCCUACGAGGCUGGUGCAGAUGUUGUGGAUGUAGCCUGUGACUCUAUGUCUGGGAUGACAUCACAACCCAGUAUGGGAGCUGUUGUUGCUGCUCUGGAGAAAACUGACAGUGACACUGGAAUUCUGCUGGAUGAUGUGUCAGCGUACUCUGCAUACUGGGAGCAGGCUAGGAAUCUGUAUGCACCAUUUGAAUGUGCAGUUACCAUGAAGAGUGGAAAUGCCGAUACAUACAGAAAUGAAAUUCCAGGUGGUCAGUAUACCAAUAUACAGUUCCAGGCUUUCAGUCUCGGUCUUGCUGACCAGUUUGAGGAGGUCAAGAAAAUGUAUGUAGAGGCAAAUAAGCUAUUGGGGGAUAUUCCUAAGGUAACACCAUCAUCAAAGGUUGUUGGAGAUAUGGCCCAGUUCAUGGUACAGAAUAAACUUACAGCACAAGCUGUUGAAGAUAGAGCAGAGGAGUUAUCUUUCCCAGUUUCUGUUAUAGAAUAUUUCCAAGGAUACCUUGGGGAGCCCCCUGGUGGAUAUCCAGAACCACUUAGGACUAGGAUAUUGCAAGGCAAACCCAGGAUAGAGGGUAGACCAGGAGAGACUCUCAAACCUUUGGACUUUAACAAACUGAGGUCAGAUUUGUUAGAAGAACAUGGCAAGACAGUGAGAGAAGUUGAUGUGAUCAGUGCAUCAUUGUACCCCAAAGUUACCAAAGAGUACCUGGAAUUUAAAGAAAAAUAUGGACCAGUGGAUGCUCUUGAUACUAAACUUUUCUUGGUUGGUCCAAAUGUUGCCCAAGAAUUUGAGGUUGAGAUAGAGACAGGGAAGACUUUAUCUAUCAAGACGUUGGCUGUCGGCGAUCUUGACAAGGAAGGUAAACGUGAGGUGUUCUUUGAGCUGAAUGGCCAGCUUAGGUCAGUCUUCAUCCGGGACAAUGAAGCUACCAAGGAGAUGCAUUUCCAUCCUAAAGCCCUGAAAGGAGUUCAUGGAUCUGUAGGAGCUCCUAUGCCAGGUAACGUCAUAGAGGUGAAAGUCAAGGUUGGAGACACGGUCGAGAAAGGUCAACCACUUCUGGUGUUGUCUGCGAUGAAGAUGGAAAUGGUCGUAAACGCACCAGUAACAGGAACUGUUAAACAGAUAUUGGUGGAAAAUGGAAUGAAACUCGAGGGUGACGACUUGUUAAUGGAUAUUGAACAUAAGCAGGAAUAGUUCACAUACAGUUUACGUUUGAAAUGAUGAAAAUUUAGAUGUAAUAUAAAUGUGGUGAUUAGUUAAAACUUAAUUGAUGUUUGUGUGCGUGUUGUUGAGUGAUCAAGUGUUAAGAAGUUGUGGUUGUAGUGUAGUAACCAAGUACGGUUUGACUGUUCAGUCUAUUGGUGGGACAUUAAAUACUAAUUCCAUACUUGCCAUAUAAUAAUAAAUUGAAGAACCAAAAAAUCUUCGAAAAUUUCUAUGUUUAUUUUUUUCAGUUUUAAAAAAAAAACAGAACAGUAAAGAAUUUCAAAAACAGGUUCAAGAUAACUAUUUUAUUUUGUAAACUUACAAUGACAGACUUCCAGUUUUAUAAAACUUAGAAAGCUGUAAAUAUACUGGCUACUUUUGAUACAUUAACUACUUAGGGCAUUUAGAUACUGUCUCAAAGUGGGUCAGAAAAUAUAGUGGUAAUCUAGUAGAUUUAUCUCUACUAAAAUGACUGGACAUUUAAAAUGCAAUACUACAAUAAAGGGAAACAUAAGUGAUCUGUCAGAGAUAUAAUGAUAUUGACAUAUCUUAUUAUAAAUUGUAUAAUCAAUGAUAAGGUUGCAACAUGUAUUUUUUCUCUGAGGGUAAAUUUUGAUAAAUGAUGGGGAUCUUUUUUUCAGCUUAGACCAUGCAUGAAUAAUUAUGUAUAUAGAAUAUAUAUAGUGUGUUCUAAUUGAAUUAAGUUGAAGCUAAAACAAACAGUAACUUACAACAAUUUGUAUCACAGGGUAUUCAUUUUCAUGACAGCUUUUCAGUUUUAAAAACCUUUUUACCUGCUUCUACCAUGGAAUGUUUUGAACAAGCUGAAACCUAGUGUUGGCAAUAUUAGAUACAUUUGCUUUAAACAUUUGUUUGUUUGAAGUACACUAUUAUUAGUGCAUAAUUGCAUAAUAAGAUUUUGUAGAUAUAUAUAUUAAGCAUUGCAUGUUUGUACUUGGAAAUUUCUUUUGUUAGCUUUCUGCGUAUAUUGUAGAGAAUUUUAUUUGAUAUUGUAGAAGAUACUUUAGAAGACUAUAACCAGAUAUUACAGUUUGUGUUCUGUUAAGACUUAAGUGUCGGGAUAUAUCACUUUCAUGAAAUAUGGAUAUUAUUUAUAUCAGUAUAUCGCGGAGUGUGGUUAUGUUGAUUGGUAUUACAUGGUAUAACAAGGCUUAAAUAGUAUAAAACAUGCCUUUUUCUUGUUGACCAUCAAUAGAAUCUAGAGGGAAUUUAUGCUAGAAUAUGUAGAAAAUGCAGGAAGUUGUGUUCAGACAGUGCUUAUUCACAUUAGAAUAUACAUUUUAUGCACUAUUUUCUAUUAGCUUUGUGUCAUUUACUAUCAGUUUAUGUAAAAUUUCACGAUUACCACCUUAACCUGCAACACAAGAUACAGCAAAUACUAUGAAGUGAAAUGUAUGAAUUAUGAAUCUUGUUAGAGAUUUUGAUGAAAGGUGUUGUUAUAAUAUUGUUAGAUGGUUUUUUUUCUGCUUCUGUACUGUAUUGCUAUAAGAUUUAUUAUUAAAGAUAAUGUUACCUCCGUAGCUGAAAGGGCAUUAAUAUUUAACCUUGCCAUAUUUGCUUUAAUAAUCUGAAUUCCUGCUUUUUGAUCUCUCCUUUCUGGCAGAUUUCUGUUUUUCAUUUUUUAAUAUAAGAAUUAAUACAUGUACAUUUUAUGUGUUCAUAUAUUGGCAGUUGGAUAAGUGUGCAUUUCUAAACAAUAUUUUGAGAUACAUUUCAUUAUUUACAACUUAAUGUUUCUUUAGUAAUAUUUGUUUAUAAAAUAAGUCAUAAUAUCAUUUUUAAAAGGUGUUUUCUCAUUUAUGUCUGAAGAUGCAGAAGUUACAUACCUUAUGCAUUUACUUAGAAGUGCUUUUUUUUCAGUUCCCCUUUUGAACAUGAAGUUUUUGAUUGGUGCACUAAUUUUGUUGAUGUACUGCAUUUUUGUAGUAGGAGGCCUUUUUUGUUCUGCAUGUUUAAUAUAUUGUUAAUCUUUUAGUGAUCAUAUAUUUCCUUUUUGAUUUAUACAUAUAUUGUCAUAAUAAUAAACAGUGAAAAUUCA